UGAGUACGUAAAUGGAGCCUAACGUAUCUUUUGAUGCUUGACUUGUCAAAUAAUUCUUUGGUUGGUUCAUUGCCUCCUGCUUUCGGUAACUUGAAUCACAUAUGGUUAAUAGAUCUGUCAAGGAAUCACCUUUCAGGAAGUAUUCCCUCCACAGUUGGGGACUUGCAGAGUCUUGUUUAUCUUUCUUUGGCUUAUAAUGAGUUACAAGGAUCUAUUCCGGAGUCACUCGGGAAAAUGAUAAGUUUGGAAUCAGCGAAUCUAUCCAAUAACAUUCUUUCAGGUACGAUUCCAAAAUCACUAGAGUCACUUCGAUAUCUGAAGGAUUUCAAUGUAUCAUUCAAUAGAUUAGAAGGUGAAAUUCCAAGUAAAGGACCUUUUCUUAAUUUUACCUCUCAAUCUUUUAUGGGAAAUGAAGAGUUGUGCGGCAAUUUGCUUUUCCGGCCUUGUAUGACUAGGUCUUUUCAUCAGUCAAGGGGAAGCAAAUUGCUUCUGAUUAUACUUGUCGCAUUGGUAGCUGCACUAAUGGUACUUGGCUCAAUUGUCGUGUUUAUGUUAAGGAGACGUGGGAAUAGAAAUGUUCCAACUCAAGCCGUAUCCUUACCUGCAAGAACAACACUAGCAAGGAUUUCAUACAUUGAAGUUGAAAGGGCAACGCAAGGGUUCGACCAAUGCAACUUGCUAGGCUGUGGAGGUUAUGGCUCUGUUUACAAGGGCAUCUUUGCAAAUGGGAUGGUUUGGGCAAUCAAAGUGUUUAAUUUUACGUAUCAAGAGUACAUGCCCAAUGGAAGCCUGGAGAAGUGGUUACAUUCUGAUGGUUACUUCUUAAAUAUGAUCCAAAGAUUAGACAUAAUAAUCGAUGUUGCAUCUGCUUUGGAAUAUCUUCAUCAUGGUUAUGCCACAGUCGUUGUACAUAGUGACUUGAAGCCUAGCAACGUCUUGCUAGACGAAAGGCUGAUUGGACAUGUGAGUGACUUUGGCCUGGCGAAGUUAUUAGGAGAAGGGGAAUCUAUUGCUCAUACUAAAACACUUGCAACGAUGGGCUACAUCGCACCAGGUAACUUUCUUUUCAGAUUGGUUUCUCGAAGAUGUGAUGUGUAUAGCUACGGCAUUAUGCUCAUGGAAACUUUCACAAGGAGAAGGCCAUAUGAUGAAAUGUUUCACGAAAAUUUGAGUAUGAGGAGUUGGGUCUGUAAUUCACUAACUGUCGCACCAGAUAAUAUUAUUGAUGUCACCUUAUGGGAACCUAAAGACACUGAUUUUGAGAAGAAGUUGCAUUGUGUGUCCUCUAUUUUGGAGUUGGCAUUGAAUUGCACCGUUGAAUCUCCUAAUGAGAGGCUGAACAUGAAAGAUGUCCUUGCAAAUAUCAUGAAGAUCAAGCAUGAAUUCCUUCGCAAAUGAUGUAACAAGGUUUAUGCAACGAUAUCAGCUUUAAGAGUCGACGCAAAGCAGUGUAAAAUGUUGAACUAUAAGCUUGGCUCUUUUGGUUACCAAGUUGAACGGAAUUGUCCGAAUGAAACAGCUCAACUAUAGAUUGAACACACAAAUACCCCAUAUUUUUCACUCACUCGCAAUUGAUGUAUAACAUAGAUUCUAAUUGUGGAAAGCACUGAAAGACUGAACCCGCCCGAUCACUAACACUUGGCAUCUCCUAUAAUCACACUUUGCAUAUACAAAAGAUUCACUCCCUUUUUGGUUCAUUAUAUUA